UUCUGCAUCCUGAAGUUUUCUAAAAGUGCGGUGGAGGCAGCGGUCAGGAAAGCCGCCAGGCAGAUGUCAUUGGUCAGAGUGAACCGUUAUGGUGCUCGGGGAGGAGGAAAGAAAACAAUGAAAGUAAAGAAGAAGAAACCAUCAGUGAAACAAGAAUGGGAUAAUACAGUGCAUGAUCUAACUGUGCAUCAAGCAACUCCUGAAGAUCUGAUACGUCGUCAUGAAAUACACAAAUCAAAGAAUCGAGCAUUAGUACACUGGGAACUUCAGGAAAAAGCUCUGAGGAAAAAAUGUAGGAAGCAGAAAACAGACAUUUCCUGCCUUGAGAAAAAGAGAUUAUCUAUUAUGAAGGAGAUUCUUUCUGAUCAAUACCAGAUGCAGGAUGUGUUGGAAAAAUCUGAUCAUUUGAUGACUAUAGCCAAAGAUUUGUUUACUGACUUUCCUCGUAAGCGCACUGGGUUUCCAAAUAUAACAAUGGCACCUGAUUCCUCUCAAGGUUCUGUUAUGGUAAAUCAGGAUUCUGUCACUCAGUUCAAAUGUAGUGACUCUGUGGAGCCUCAGGUCCUAAAUGAAGUAGAUAAUGAUGAAGAGGAAGGAUCCAUUCAUAGUCAGUCAGAAGAAAGCGAGAAUGAAUUGGAUAACUCAAUUAUUUCUCAGUCUGACAUGACUACAGACAGGCUUCUCCAUCAACUCAAGGAAGAUAAUUCUCAGUUAAUUAAUAAGCUGUUGACUGAUGUGCAGCAGAAAAUAUUAGCACAAUCACAAUCACAAACAGCUCCAGAAGCUCCAUCAUCUGCCUCUUUGUCAGGGGAACAGAGAGCUGCUUUGAAUGCCACCAGUGCUGUCAAGAGAAUUCACACCAGGCUUCAGUCUGAAGAAUCUGUUGAUACUCCAGACACAAACUAUGUUGUGGGACAAGUGCUGACCUCCAGGAAGCAGAAACAACUGUUAAGUAAAGUGAAAAGAAAAUCAGAUUUGCCUAAUACUGUGAAGCAGAAGAAAAAUGUCUCAUCAGCCAGCACAACCUCCACAGACCCAAACAGAAGUCAUUCCAACCUGGGGAUUGAUGUUCUCAAACACAUGAUACAUGAUGUGGAGAAUGAAAUGGAAGAAUAUGAACGCUGGACAGGUCGAGAGGUUAAGGGACUGCAGAAGAGUCAAGGUCUCACAGGGUUUACUUUGUCACUGGUGAGCUCUCUUUGCCGCCUGAUUCGCUACCUCAAAGAGAGUGAGCUUCAACUGCGAAAGGAAGUAGAGACCAGGCAACAAAUGGAACAAGUCUUAGGUGACCAUCGAGAACUCAUUGAUGCUCUGACAGCUGAAAUUCUUCUUCUUCGAGAAGAAAGUAAUGCUACUCAGGCAAAACUUCAGCAGUACAUUGUCAAAACAGAUGAGCAACUUUUAUCCCUUACACAUGCCAUUAAGAGCUGUCCUGUGAUAAAUAACAGUAAAGAAAAACAGGCAUCAGAAAAGGUAGCAACGACUAGAAGACUCAUAGACAGUCCAGAGGUUCCAGUUGUAAAUGCUGAUGUUUCUGUACCAUUAAUGUUUAGAAGGGAGGAAGUGAGUGAAUUCCUCCAGGAAGACUUGCCUGUUAAACUCUCUCAGGUGCCAAACCAACCAGAGAGCAUGAAUCUGGCCAACAAUUUUCCAGCACAUAUAUUUGAACCAGCAGUAUUGCUAACACCACCCAGGCAGACAAGUAACUCUGAAUUUUCUCCUGUGCAGGAUGUAUUGAGGAGAACUGUUCAAACUCGUCCUGCUCCAAGAAUUCCUCCAACUGUAGAAAUAAUUGAGAAGGAACAAAAUUGGGAAAAGAAAACCUUACCAACUACCACAGAUUUCCAGAAUUCAAAUGAAGAGAAUCAUCUCUUCACUCAGAGAUGGCGGUUCUCACACAUGGGAGAUUUGGAGAACAAAACCCAAACUUCUUUUAUGAAUCUCUCACAACCUCUUUCUAAUUCCCAUUCAAACACUCAGCAGUUGAGAAACUCUGUGUUCUCAGAAGAGCCCCCAAUUUUGGGAGAUGGGCAACAGUUUAAAACAAAUGAGGUAUUAAUGCAAAGAAAGGAUCUCAUGACACGAAUUGCUGAGUUGACAUUGCAGAAUUCAGCUAUCAAGACACAUCUGAAUAAUAUCAUUUUACCAGGGGGAGAACAAGGGGAUGGACGUUGGGAGUUUAACAAGCAGGAGCCAAGUCAUACAAGUGACAUGACUGCGGCAUUUCCGAUACCACAACCUGUGACACCAAGUAGCAUGGAGGAACGAAUUGCAGAAUUGAAUAGACAGAGUAUAGAGGCUCGUGGGAAACUUCUGCAAUUAAUAGAACAGCAGAAACUUAUUGGUUUGGGUUCUUCCUCAUCACCUGUAUCACCUGUUUUGUCACCUCUCCGAGCAUGGACUGAUGGAGGAAAGAGGACAAUUGAGGUAACUAUUCCAGGAACAGAUGCUCCAGAAAGCUCAAAAUGCAGUAUUAUCUCUCCUUCCAGUGGGAUAAAUACCCGAAGAUCUUCAGAGGCUUCCUUUAAUUCUGUUUCUCCAGUAAAUGCUACAUCUGGAAGUGGACAUUUCACACCUCUUAACCCAAGAGCAAAGCUUGAAAAACAAAAUGAAGAAGGCUGGUUUGCUCUUUCUACUCAUGUGUCAUAAGUGAAGUCAAGUCUUACAGAAUUUGUUCUCAGUGAUGCAUUCUUGAGCUCUUUUUCUGCUCUUGCUGUCAAGUUUUUUUAUGAUUUAUUUAAAACAGAAAAAUGUGUCUUAGUACUAAUGGAAUGAAGAAAU